AUGGCCGCUCCGCUACCCGAGAAGGCUCUCUCAGGCCACUGCUCUGUCAUUGACAAUAACACGUUAUACGUCUUGUCACCAGACUCAUUCCAGGCUCUACCGCUCGCUGAGAAUGGCACAUGGACCUCGAUAGAAAUGGGAAAAGCAGUGACUGGUCACACAUGUCUCCGCGCAGUACCGAAUGGAGACGAAUCACAAGCCGCACUAUACGUGGUCGGCGGCACAUCCGACGACUCAUCAUACGGAGGUCUACAGCGUUAUAUAUUCUCAAACAAGACUUGGGAGACUAUUGAACUACCUACACAAGAUAUGAUGGGACGUACGAACCACGGCGUUGCAUACUUGAGCGACUCUUCUUCCAUUCUUGUCUAUGCCGGGUCAAGGACCGGUGUUGAGCUUUCAUCUCAGACUUUCGUCAUCUCGACCGAGAAGCCUUUCAACAUCGAGUCAUUCACAUCAAAAGCACCGACUGUGUCCAACCCUAUCUUGUUACCUUGGGACGAAAGUUCUGCAGUCCUGCUGGGUGGUUCUAAAAGCAACACUGGCAUCUGGUCUUUCAGCAAGAGCAGCAGUUGGACUAGGUUGGAAACUAACCUUACAUCAGCGUUGCCUGAUGGUGCAAAAGGCGCUCUUGUUACUGGUACUGACGGUAGCAAAGUUCUCACGGUUUAUGAUGCCACUGCUUCUCCCAACAAGGUCACACAGCUUGUGUUGUUGGAUGCCGACGGUCAGCCUGCCAGCACUGGUCAAACUAUCGGCGAUUCAUCCAGCACAUCUUCGUCGAGGAAACGCAAGCGCGACUUGACAUUGGAUGACUGGCCGACAUACAACAGCAGUUCAGCUCCAUCAGUGAAGAGAUCGGAUUAUUCCGUUGCGCAAAAUGACCAAGGCACUCUUGCUGUGAUCAGUGGAGGUAACGACGACAAUCCUGUCAACGUCUUCAACCAGACCAGCAACUCGUGGGUCAGCAACGAGGUUCUGUUCGGCGACAGCCAGGUUCCCUUGACGACGACAUCCGCAUCAAGUUCAACUUCUCUCCCCACCUCAACAAGUACACAAGCUUCUGCAACGUCCUCAGCCGCAGCAUCAAAAAGUCAUUACGACUCAGGCGCUCAUACUCGUAAAGUGCUUGGAAUCACAUUAGGUCUUCUGUUUGGUCUUGCAGCUUUGCUCGUGAUUGCUUUACUACUUGUCAGACGUCGCAAGCAAAAGCAGCUAAAGGCCUUCAGCAGCAGUGGUGAGAAGUCUGAUAGAAUGAGCUUCCAGGAUAGAGGCGCAUCGUUCAUGAAGGAGGCUGGUGGCGGUGUGAGCGAGGCUCCUCCGCAAUUGCCCAAACCCGUGAUGGGUUCAUACGACCCUCGAAGCUCCUUCGCCAUUCUUGCUGGUAAGCUUGGAGCUGACCGUUUCAGCCAACGUUUCAGCAAGUACGGUGCUUCUGAGAAGACCCCUGUGAAUAGCAGCAACAACCCGUACGCCGACUUGCAACCUCCUAAGAACGCGUUUGGUCACCAAACCAAUGACUCCUCAAGCUCACUGGCCAUCAUUUCUGGCAAGUAUGGAAAUGGACACAAUAGAAGCAAUGGCGAGAAGGGCAGCUUCGAAAGUACUGCCAAGCUUGUGCGAUCACCUACAAGCCCGCAGAGCUUCGAUGAUCCCAUGGAGAUGGAGUCGAUGAACAGUCAAACGCCGCGAUCAGCUGUCACCCGUGCUCCUCCACCUCAAAUGUCGUCACUCAGAGUUGUGCAAAAUCAACAAAGAGAGGAGGAUAUGCAGACGAAACGCAGUUCAGGCUGGUCGAGAUACUUUGCAGGCGGAAGUGACCAUGGCGCAUACGACCCUGCUGCACAACAUUCACCAAACCUUAGUGCAUCGCUCACUGCAUCGCCAAAUUUGAGUGUGUCCGACUACACUCCGUCUCGUAAUCCUUCUGCCAUGGUGGCACCGCUCGAUGUAGAGCCUAAGGGACACUUACAUCCUGCUGACGCACAUCACCACCGUUUGUCAGCUGUGGGUAUGGGUAGACCUAGCUUCAGCCACAGUGUCGAGGACUUUUCUGCUAGAGGACAGAGCUUCGACAUGGUUGCAGGUCAGCGCGCCGACUUCCACACUGGUCAGAGUCUGGAAAGUCAAGGUUAUCUUGGCGAAGCUCGCGAGUCUUUUGCAUCUUCCAGACGUCACUCUUCGAGCAGCGUAGCCUCAUCACAAUUCUUCUCACAACAUGACGAGUGGACACCUGUUGAUGGUGCUGGCACAAUCGCGACAGCACAUGCGACCAACACUGCUCAAGCCGUCAACAGGAAAGCACCGAACUCACCUGCUGUAAACGAAGUCCACAUUCCCCCAUCCCCCGCUGUUUCCGCCUCUGCCUUCCCCCGACCUCCAUCGAGUACGUACACUGCAGACGUAGAUCGCGAUAGUCGCAUGACUGGCUUCGGAUUCUCCGAUGCUCUAGGUCGCGCUUUAAGUCCACCAGCCGCAGUCGCCAUUCCUGGCCCUGCAGCUCGUGGCAACAGUGGUGGAGGCUUCUUCCCCGGCAGUGGCACGCGCGCCAUGCACGACCGACCUGCUCCCAGCGCCGCCUACGCUGGGGCUGCUCGCAAACUUGGCGCCCUCCAUCCUGGUACCCUCGCCGCCCUCCGCUUCACUCCCGAUCGUGAAGCCCCCAAGCCACCACAAGCCGGCCUGGGUAUUCAAAACCCUGACGAAAACAGAGAUUCUGGUGCUACUAUCUGGCCUUCUGCGACUGGAGCUUUGACACAACGGGAUCGCGAAGAGGCGUUUAGACAACGACUCGAAGCCGAGAGACAGAUCAAGGAGAGAAUGGACCAUAAGAAUGGAGCAUCUAGAAAGACUCAGGCUAGUGAUAUCAGUUGGGUGGAUAUUGGACAGAACUAG